CUUCCUCCUCCUUAAAUAACAGAAAAGAAAAAACCCUAGCCAGCCCCAUAAUUCCAAGGGAGAAUGGGAAGGAAGAAAAAAAGGUCACGACGAAGGAGAAGAAGGAAGGAAAAGAACAACUGUACAUCAAAAGCAGAAUCAAGUUUUCCUAAUAUUAUUGUUCCAGAAGAAAUCAUUGUCGAAAUACUAUCAAGGUUACCCCUCGAUUCUCUUACUCGAUUCACAAGCGUUUCCAAGCAAUGGUGUUCUUUGAUAUCCGACAUAUCCGUCGCAAAAACCGGCUCACUGGCGGGUCUCGUCCUGUCCGACUCGGGAGCAUAUUCCUUUUCACCUCACUCCAUUGACCAACAUCAACAGGAAGUACUUCACAUACACAUGAAAAGCUUUCGUGUUCCUGACAACAUGCAUGGGUACGUCAUGGGAUCGUGCAACGGGUUGUUGCUAAUGCAUACCGACGAGGAUUUGUUCUUGUGGAAUCCACUGACUAGGUUCUUCAAGAAAGUGCUAGCAUUUGACCGAUUGCGUGACGUCAGCUACCGAGUUCGUUCUGGGCUUUGCUAUGACUCCACCAGUGAUGAGUACAAGCCUGUUAUUGCCUUUGCUCACCAGACUCCAAGUUACGGAGGCGAAUUUGUAGUGGUUGGUAGUCUCAAAAGUAAAAGUUGGGCAGUAAUUCACUUCCCGUAUAGGGUACCUACAGUGGAAUCGGGGCCUAUAGUCAAUGAAAAUCUUCAUUGGUAUGACUGUAAGAUCAAUGAUUCAGGUAAUUAUUUCCUUUCGCCCCACCAAAUUAUUUACUUCGAUGCAAGAAUGGAUGAAUUCAAGGAGGUACCGAUGCCAGAUCCUGGAGGUGAGGACGGAGAUAUCAUUUGCGGAUUGGGAACUUUGGAUGGAUGCCUUUUUAUGUUUCGUUCAGGCAAUAGUGAAAAAAAUGUCGAGCUAUUAGUUAUGAAAGAUUAUGGUGUGCAGGAAUCUUGGACUAUUAUGGUCGUGGUUUCAGAUUGUUUGACCUCUAGUUCUUAUAAUGAGUCGUUGGAGCCAUUAGGUUAUACAAAGAAUGGCGAAAUCCUAACUCGAGUUUGGACAUGGAUGGAAUGCGGUUGGCAAAUAUGGGCAUUCAAUCCGAAUGACAAUUCCCAUAGGAGAAUUUCAAUUCCAGAGGUUCCCAAUUGUUAUGCAUUAACUAUGCAUAAGGAAAGUUUGAUUAUCCCUACUGACUAUGAUUGGGAAGAGGAAGAGCAGAAAGGGGAAGCGUCAUAUGUGUUUCACUGUAAUUACUCGCGGAGAUUGAAAAAGGGCAAGGAUGGUUACUGGACCACGGAAUACAUAGAAGAUUCAGCAUAAAGAGGGAUAUAUAUAAUUGCGGGUUAGGGGAGAAAGCUCGUGUUGUUAAUCUUUCUCUCACUCU